UUGAGAAUACGUGCUCAUAAUCAUUAUAGCUUUGAUUUAGUGCACAGCCUUGCCCUCUGUUUCAACUCGAGCUCAGACGCUGGCUGUUUGAAAUGGAGAAAUAUUUGGUAGUUUGCAGCUACGCGAUUGCAAUUCUGGAUCUAUUGUCCGCUGUGCUGUUCGCCAGUGUUUCGUGUAUGUUAUACAUACAGCACCACCAUUGGACGUCGCUGGCAGCGCUGCUGUUUUCCUUCGUUUGGAUCUGCAUCAUUAUUGUUCUGUUGUUGGGUAUUUAUCGGCGCCAGUUGAACUUCGUGCGCUACUGGUUGGUUUUCACCUGCCUGGGCAUCAUGCUGGAUGCCCUGCUCCUACUCUACGGCUUGACUCUGGCGGUAUCCAUAAACUGGGAGGGCGUUAAGAUAACCGUUAUGCCCUUCAUUGGCUUGGCCGUCGAAAUGACUUUCGUGUUCAUUAUAUAUGUCUUUUACCUGGAUAUGAUUGAGUACGAGCAGUGGAUACCACUGGGUGGCAACAGAUUUGAAGGCGGCCGCAGCUCCAAGUACAGCAAAUUCACCUCCAGUGGGGAAACACAGCGUAGGGAGCGCAAGCGUCUGAAGAAGAUGUACAAGAAGGAGGAGAAAGCGGCCUUUAAAGAGCUGCACCGUAAGCUGCGUAGAGGCCAACAUUAA